AGAGAGAGAGGAGAGCCAAGUGAGAGGGUGUUUGGGUCUUGGCAGCGGGCACCCACACUCCACCAAACCGUCAGACUGAGAGAACGCACCCUCUACUUCUUCUCCUCUUCAGUGUCUUCUACAGCGCCCUCCACCGGCCCUGGGGGUCCGGAUGCUGAGCCUGUGAGCCGCCGCCACCACCACCACCACCACCACCACCACCACCACCACCGCCACCACCACCACUGUCACCACCACCACCAUGGCGCACCGAGUCUCCACCAAAGAUGUCAUGCAGAACACCGGGUUUCUGGCUAAGCUUGGCAACACACUGAUGGGCCGCCACAACCCUGACCCGAUGCUGGAUACCAAGAUGCAGUCCAGUAUCACGUGGCGCAGGACUUCUGAUGUCAAGCACCGCAUCAAGACGGCGACGGGCACCAUCGCUAUCUACGAAGACCUCACGCCAGAGCAGCUGGCGGAGAAGCAAGCAGAGGCCGACAGAGCUGCAGGGGGCACCGCUCCUGACGCCUCCGGACCGCAACCUGCAGCCACAGUGGAGGAAGGCAAGGUACAAGCGGCCCUUCCCUCAGAUUCUGCUGCUGCUGUUGGGCCACCAGCACCACCACCACCACCACCACCAGCACCGCCAGUAGAACGAAAGAAAAUGGAGGAAACCCAUGACUUCUGGGGGGAACUGGAGGGAGGAGAAGGAACCACCACCACCACCACGACCACCACGACCACCACCACCACUACCUACAUAGCUGAGGGAGACUACACGCCUGAGGAUGACGAGGGGCUCCCGAUAGUGACUGGGCAGAUCCUUACCUUGGUGGAUAAAACCAGUCCUUUUAAACGCCCACGAAUUGAAGGAGGGGACGAUGGGGUCACGACACAGCUUCUGGACAACUCUGCAGCGAAGCACAAGAUGGCGAUUAGACCGAAGAGGAACCACCCGGACCGCCGAUCUCGGGGGCAGGACCAGGGGGAGGAGAGAUGGGUAAUGCGAGAUGAGGACAGCGGCAGAGAGGGUCUCGUACCAGCCCGCCUCCUGCAGCAGCACUCGGAGACCACCACCACUGCCCUGCGCUCCUCCCUCAAGAGAACCGUGCAGCAGAUCACCAUGGAGGAGCCGCUGGAGGUGAAACAGAACCUGAUGAAGGAAAUACGAGAAUACAAGUCCAGGAAGCUUUCGAGCAAGAACCUUCUGGGCCCCUCACCGGAAGACGAAGCCAGGGCGAAGAGAACAGCAACGAUUCGCGAGCUGGUGGAGACUGAGGACGAGUUUGUGAAGGAUCUGCAGUACGUGAUGGAAAAUUACUACGACUUGCUGGACCAAAACUCGACUCCACGUGCCAUUAGAGAUCAAAAGGACCUCAUCUUCAACAAUUUCAAGUUUAUUAAUGAAUUCCACCAGAACGUCCUUAUCGAGGGUGUGAAGUACCACGCUGAAGUCCCCACGAUGAUUGGCCGGACCUUCCUGCGUCUGGAGCGAGACUUUGACCGCCACGCUGAAUACUGCACAAACGAACCACUGGCGCAGGAGUUCUUGGAAAACAGCUUGACGGUGCGGGAGUUCUUCGAGGACCACAGCCAACGAAUCAGUGACGAAAAAAGGCUCCAGGAACACCUCAAGCUUCCCAUCCAGAGGCUUAACGACUACCAGCUCCUCCUCAAGGAGCUGGUUAAGUACAGUGCCAGACUCGGGGACGACACUACUGAUCUACAGAAGGCCCAUGAGUUGAUGCAAACGAUCCCCCAGCGGGCUACAGACGCGAAGUUCAUUAAUUCUAUCGAAGGUUUCAAAGGGAACUUAUACAAACUUGGAAGGCUUGUUCGACACGACUGGUUCAGUGUCAAGGAGGAGGGACAGAAGGCCAGGGACAGAUACCUCUUCCUCUUCAAGGCCCGCAUUCUCAUCACCAAGGUCAAGAGAAUCAGUGAAGACCGGUCCAUCUUCAUCCUUCGUGAUAUUAUAAGGCUUCCUGAGACCUCACUGGGCAGCCUAGAUCACCCUAAGGCCCUCGAGUUCAUCCACAUUGAACCGGACACUCACCCCAUUCCCAUCCGAAUCGAGGCUCGCUCCCAAGAGAUCAGAGACUCGUGGCUUGCCGGGGUAGAAGAGUACGUGGUUGACACAGGUGACAUCUGUCGAGACCUUCUGUUUGACGACGAGCUAAGAGUUGUGUCAGAGGCGGAAGAGGACGAGGCCAGACCACACUCGCCACAGCCACAAGAAGAAGAGCUACCGCAGGAAAAGAAAGGCAGGAAAGUUGAGAUCGAGGAGGAAGACUAUUGGAGCCAAGAGAAGGAACAGCCAACUAAGAAGGCCAAGAAGGAAGUGAAAGUUGAAGUUGUUGAAGAAGAAGAAGAUUUUUGGGCGCAGUUUGAGACUCCAGAACCCAAAAGGAAGUCUGGGAAGGCGUUACUAGAGCAGGUAGAGCAGGAAGUGACUAAUGAGCAGAGCAAAACUACCUUAACCACCAAUACUACCAAUACAAGUCAGGAACCUACAUUACCCACCACUACUACCACCUCACCACCACCACCACCACCAUCACCACCACUACCCUGCGAGAAGGAGGUCCUUCAGAGGAGGCGGCUUGGUGAGGACUUUUGGCUAGAAGGUGAGGAAGGGGAGGAGGAAGAGCUUCUGGAGGAGGAGGACGAGGAGGAGGAGGAAGGUUACGGGCGAGAUUACUGGUCAGGCAAAGCUGGGGCGGGACUCUUGACGGGCGGGAGGUGUCUGAGGGAGGAGGAGGAGCCUACCAGUAACGACGAGGCGUUGCUUGAGCGGUGGUUUGAAAGCGACACGCGGACCCAAACACGUGAGCCAGCGGAGAAGCCUCACGAAGCUCCUAAACUCAAUAUCCUUGGCGCAGAUCCCUCGCAGGGUCUUGCUGAGGCCCAGACAAGCCGCGCCCUUCGUCGACGAGGAGGAGGAGGACGAGGACAAACUUGGCUUCCCGUACAGACGCGGCCCACCGUCGCCUUACCCGGCAGACGAGUCUCCAGACGAGGCUCUGAUCCCGCCGCCGACACCCCCGCGGAGGAACGCCCUGAGGAAGACUUCUGGGGCGCGAGAGGUACCCUUGUCCCGCUGAUCCCUGACCACGAUCCCUACACGCCCGUGGGAGGCAGCGCCAGUGAGGAGGUCCUUAGUGAGACCGUGAAGGAGCAGUCGCCGGAGGAAGACUUCUGGGCGGCGAAACGGAAGACCUCCCUGCCCUCCCGGUCCCAGCCCCAGCCCCAGCAGCAGCCCCAGCCCCCCAACCCUGAGAUCGUGAUAGACCUGUGCCCUGAGAACACUGAAGGGAAGACUAACCGCAUCCAAGCACGGAGACUCAGUCAGCCUAAACACGAAGGCGCUGCAGAAGGAAGGGAAGGAAAGCAGGUCUCCAGGGGCGGCAAGGGUGACCGAGAGGCGCCAAUAAUCCAUCACCAGGCCAAGGACGCGUCCCAGGAGGCUUCUGUUGGCAAGGAGUGUGAUAUCCUUGGAGGGACUAAGGCGCCGGCAACCCCCCAGACAGCAGCUCCACGCCAGGAGCCCCCAGCCCCCGCCCCGAGCAGCCCAGGGAAGCAAGACGCGAGGGGCGAUAAGGAGAACAAGGAAAGUGAAAGAAAAGAAAAAGAAGAGAAAGAACGAGUAAAGAAGGAAAAAGCAGAGAAACAAAAGAAAGAGAAAGAAGAGAAGGAGAGGAAAGAGAGAGAAGAGAAGGAAAGAAAAGAGAAAGAGAUGGUGAAAGAUAAGGACAGCAAGGCAGCGGGGCGCCCUAAGGUGACGUUGCCGAAGCCUGAAGAGAAACCCAAGCCCGCCAAGACUUCCAGAGGCGCCACCAAGAUGGAGGAGGAGCCGAGCACCCCCGCUACCCCAGGCGGGACACCGAAGCCUGUGUUCACGAAGACCUUGAAGGGAGACAUGGUGGAACCUGGAGAAGACGUAGGGUUUACGUGCGAGGUGACCCAUCCCUUGCCCUACUUCGUGACAUGGCUCAAGGAUAACAAACCCCUGGACGACAAGUUGGCGGACCGCAUUCAGCAACAGGACUCAGGGCAGCAGCACAUUCUUAAGGUGCUCAACUGCCACAAGGACGACUCUGGUAUCUACACAGCCAAGGCCACGGAUGAGAACCACUCCGCCGCCACCUGCUCCGCCCAACUGCUGGUUCAGGAGUUCACGGAGGAGGAGAGGGCGCGCCGCAUUGCUGAGAAGUCACCUUUCUUCCUGGUCAAGAUGAAACCCACUGAAGUCAUUGAGAACACUAAUCUUUCCUACACCAUUCACGUCAAGGGUGAUCCCAUGCCUGACGUGCAGUUCCUCAAGAACGAACAGGAGAUAGUGGAGGACGAUAGAGUCAAGAUCCACCGUGACCCAGCCAUUGGACACUAUGAAAUGCUGAUCUCUCACGUCAAGAAGGAGGACGAAGGCAUGUACAAGUGUGUGGCGCGCAACAAGUACGGCAAGACGGAGUGUGAGGCACAGAUGGCAGUCAGUGACGAGCAGCUGGUGUACGAGGCCCUGAGCGGCAAGGGGUCCCUGCUGGCCAGCGGGGAGAAGGCUGAGUUCAAGUGGUUCAGGGACGGACAGGAGUUUGACCCACUGGAGAGGUUCAAUGUCAUGUUCAAGGAUGACGAAGACACGCUGGCCCUGGUCUUCCAAAACGUGACUCCUGAGGAUGCCGGCCUGUACACCUGCGUCGCCUCCACAUCCUGCGGCAAAAUAUCCUGCUCCGCUGAACUCACCGUGGAGGGAUCCAUCAACAGGCUGCUGCGUGACCCUGAGCCGCCAAGUAUCAAGGAGGAGAUGACAGACACAACAGUUUCAGUGGGUGGUUCGGCAAUGCUUGAGUGUAAGAUCGGCGGUUACCCCAAGCCGGACCUGACAUGGACCAAGAAUGGGCUGGACCUUGAGACAGGCGGUAAACUGAAGGUGCUCUGGGAAGACGAAGAAUCAGUGGCCUUAGUCAUCAAGAAUGUGGAGGAGAGAGACGCUGGCCUGUACUGCGUCGUGGCUACCAAUGAUCUGGGCCAAGUUGAAUCUACCGCUAAGCUGGCCAUUCGAGCCGGGCCCAAGAUCAAGAAGCUGCGUAAGGAAGUGCCGUGUGUUAUUGGAGACAACUUGGAGUACAACAUCGAGGUGGAGGGAGAACCGACACCAGUAAUCCACAUAACCUUCCCCAACCCUUCUCAGACACCUCAGAACCUUCCACCGACCCCUACCAGUGCCUCCCGGCCUUCCCAGUGCCCUCCAACCACCCCUACUGGCUCUCGUCCCCCUCACCGCUCCCCCAUCCCCCUUACCGCCCCCCUCUCUUCCGUUAGCAUGGUGGAUGGCAGACCGGUGGAGGCAACGGAGCGUGUCAACCUUAAGCAAGUCAAUGAGCACCUUUGGACUCUCACCAUUAAGGGAAUGAUUGAUGGAGACUGUGGCACCUAUACAGUGGUCGCAGUGAAUGAUGUAGCCCAGGUGUCAGACUUCUUCACGAUCGCUCAGGACUCAGCGCCUCAGAUCACCAGAGAAUUGGACAACGAGACGGAGAAGAAACUGCAUAUGGAUGUGAUUCUUGAGGUCCGCGCCACUGGUAGCCCCAAACCAGACGCCAGAUGGUUCAAGAAUGGCAAGGAGAUCAUGGCAGACGAGCGGUUCAAGAUGACGAGGGACGAUACCUUCUAUACUCUCAAGAUCCGCCGUGUAGAGAGGACUGACAAGGGAACGUACAAGUGUGUGGUGAGUACAAAAGGAGGGAAGGAAAAGGGAAGCACCCAGGGGGACCUCUGGGUGAGGGCGCCGCCGGACUUCGUGACACCGCUGAAGGACGUGUGCGCGAAGGAAGGGACGAAGGAGGUGAAACUCUUCGUGGAAUGGGAAGCCAAUCCUCCACCGACGGUCAAGUGGUACUUCAAGGAUAAGCCAGUAAGGGAGGACACUGAAGGAUUCGCCAUCAGAGGAGCGCAGGACACCUCUCAGAUCCUGGUUAUCCUGGAAGCCACUCCCGAGUUUGUGGGUCCUUACACUGUGAAGGCUGCCAACGAGUACGGCGAGAGCACGUGUAAGGGCCGCUUCAGACUGCACGAACCGCCUACGAUCCUGCAGAACUUGAAGGAUACUGAGUUCUUGGAGUUCCAGGCUUCCAAGUUUACCUUCAAGGCUUUUGGUAUUCCACUGCCGGAUAUUAAGUGGACGAAGGAUGGCAAGAAAUACACCCCUGAUGAACGUAGGGUAAGGAUGAAGGUGGAGGGUGAGGACACGUUUACCCUUAUCUUUGAAGAGGCGCUCCCUGUGGACUCUGGUCACUAUGUCGCCACUGUGUCCAAUGUAGAGGGGACAGUGACCACCGAGGCUGAUCUGACAGUCAACAAGGCGAAUGGUAGUAUAGACAAUAACAAACCGGCGGAAGAGAUAGCGAGUGACGGGGACGGUGACAACAAACCCAAAAAGCGGCGGAAACUCACAGUGCUGCAACCCCCUAACGAAAACGAGAUCGAGGAAAACGCAAUACCAGCACCAGUAGUAGAAAACGAGAUACCAAGUGAGGCGGACAUCGAUGCGGCACUUAUACAAAUUGAAGACGCAACGGUGGAGGAGAUCACAGAACCAACACAGUGGCGGAAGACCUCCACAAUUCACGUUUCCAAGGAUAUCGAGACACAGACGGCGCUCACGGACACCCACGAGUCCUCCCUGACCAAGGCUGUGAACGUGAUGAUGCAAGAAGACGUGCUGACGAGGGAAGGCCCAGGACGAGGCGACGAGGAGCUGGUGGAUAGUGCCUCUUUCUAUGUGGAGCCUGACGAGGAGGAGGGCACGCCGGGGAUGCACGUCACAGCCUCCUGCAGCAUCAACAGGCAACAGAAAGGCGGCAAGACUAUUAUCACAGCUGAGUCUGACGUGGGUGACGGGGACAAGGAGACAUCAACCAUCGUGCAAAUGAAGCAGACUGUGGAGAUGGAGCACUACCAGGGCCUUGUCACCGACCACCAGGCUGACUCCGACCUGGCCCUGCCCAGUAGCGCCUCCCUGGCAGACAGCCCCACCAAGGCCCUCACCCUCGGCAGCCAGGAGCAGGUCCCUAAUGACGCCAAGCACAUAGAAAACGAGGACGUGAGUCGAUUGAAGCGCGGGAAACUGCAGCCCAAGAAGUCAGUGUCCUUUGAUGACAUUCCUGAGGUGAUUGAGGACAUCCCACUGGAGGACAUCGAGCUGCCCAAGCCGAAGAAGGUACAUGAGAAGGAUGUGUCCGGGAAGAGCGGCAAAGGCAGUGCUGGAAAGACACAGAAGGAGGCGCCGAAGGAAUGCCAAGGACCUGAAGGGGAGGCCAAGAAAACGCAGGAGGGCCAGAGGAAGCUAAGUAGAGGCCGGGGUUCCCUCUCCCAAGACGCUGAAGAAGCCCCGCCGCACAUCAAGAGUUGCAACUUCAACGAGGGCAAGACUCUCAUUGCUCACCACAAAUUCAUGCUGGAGGUUGAGGCCACGUCCGUACCCCAGGCCGAGGCUACCUGGUAUCUGAACGACCAGGUGCUGAAUGACGGCGAGGAUGGGCUCAAGAUGUGUUUCGAUGGCAAGAAGUACACACUGGAGAGGAUUGGCAGCGAUCCGGAACACACAGGAGAGUACAAAUGUGUGCUGAGGAACAAGAUAGCAGAGGCCGAGGAGAAGGGAAACAUUACAGUGAAAGAGAAGGAGGCUCGCGUGCGCAACAAACUGAAGGACAUUUACGUGAAGGAACACACAGACGCGGAGCUCAAGUGUCAAAUCGUGGGUGAUCCUAUUCCUGAAGUACAAUGGUUCCGCGACGGGAAGCCCCUGCCAGUGUCUGAGAAGUUCGAGGUGUCCAGCGAGAGGAUGAGCGGCUGGCACACACUCAUUGCCAAGGGCGUGAAGGAGGGAGACAAGUGUUCCUUCACCGUUAAAGGAAAGAACCAACACGGGGAAUGUGAGACUACUUGUCAGCUGGGAGUCCUGGUGAAGCCUGCCCCUGGACCACUGGAGGACUGUGUGGUGGACUUCGGCAAGGAUCUUCAAGUCUCGGUCACCAUCCAUGCCUUCCCCAAGCCUGUUAUGGUCUGGACUUUGAACGGCCAGGAGCUGAAGGAUGGCGGAGAGAGUCGCUACAUCUACACACGGAACGAGGAGCGGGAGGAAUACGGGCUUAUUGUGCAGAAUGCGGUGCUGGAAGACGAUGGCAAACUGGCCUUCACUGCCACUAACGAUGCUGGUUCAGAAACUCGCUCGUGUCACUUGAAGGUUCACUACGAGAAGCCUACAAUCGUUGGAGGGCUCGAGAACACAGCCUUCUGCCUGGAACAAGACGGCACCUUCACCUUCCGUGCUUCUGGUCUUCCCUUACCGGAGUGCAGCUGGACCAAGAACGGAAUCCCACUCAAGAACGACAACAAACACGACAUCACCAACCCUGAACCUGGCGUGUACUGUCUCACCAUCAAGGACGUGGACCAGUACGACUUUGGUGAUGUCUCAGUGGUGGCCAAGAGUCUGGUGGGCGAGUGUACGUCAUCCGCCACUCUAACGCAGAAGAAGAUGGAGUGCAGCUUUGUGGAGAGUCUGGACAAUGUGACUCACGGACCAGAGGGCGAUGAUGUGACAGUAACAGUAAAGGUCAGAGGCUCACCACGACCUAAGUUUGUAUGGAGCAAGGAUGGUGACGAGAUCGAAGCCUCCGCCAAGUUCAAGUAUUCCUCCACGAAGACUUCCUACUGUGAGGCGACCAUCAACCUCACCAUCGUGGAAGCCUCAGCUAUUGACUCGGGCCAGUACAGACUCCGGUGCAUGAAUGACGUCAACGAGAUCACCACGGAGACUGCAUUCAUUGUUAGACCCGAGAGGAGGAAGCCCAAGGUCACCAAGAAGCCCCAGGAGCUGAAGGUGUUGGAGCAGCAGCCGGGCAUCUUCCAGGCUAAGAUCAUCGGUUUCCCCAAGCCUGAGGUCAAGUGGCUGAAGGACGGUCGCCAGGUGUUCCCUUCAGACGUGAUCGACAUCGGGGUCACGGCGGAAGGUCUCUACUAUCUAGAGUUUAGCAGCGUGACUGAGGAGGACAAGGGUCGCUACACAGUCACUGCCACCAACGAUCUGGGCUCCUGCGAGGCUGACACACAACUGAGCGUCGUUCCGCCGCCCUCGAAGCCUGAGUUCCUGCAGAGCUUGAGGUCAAGUAAGGUCAUCAUGGGCUACCCCGUCAGGAUGGAGGUCAAACUAGGAGGGUCACCAGCUCCAGAGAUCCAAUGGCUGAAGGACGGCCAGCCCCUCACCCUGGACGGCAAGCACUAUAAGCAGGUGGAGGGCGAGGACGGCUCCGUGUGCCUACAGAUUGAUGAGGCUGUAGAAGGCGAUGCUGGGGAGUUCACCUGUGUUGCUAAGAAUCCUGAAGGCGACACUACCUCCUCCGCCAGGCUGUCCGUGCUUGGAUUCACGAGGGAGGAUGGCCAGCCGGACGGUCCUGCCAAGUUUACUGAGGGGCUGAAGGACAUUGGCGCGGACGAGGGUGACAUUCUGCGCCUGCCUGUUUGCAUGAAGGGCGGUCCUGUGCCCAAGAUGAAGUGGUACAAGGACGGCAAGGAGAUCAAACUCGGGGAUCGCGUUUUCUUCACCUACGACGGCGAUAGGGCGUUCCUGGAGAUCAAGCCAGCCAAGGACACAGACUCAGGCAUGUACAAGUGUGUGAUUGAGAACGAACACGGCAAGGCGGAGACAGAAUGUGAGGUCUCUGUUAGGAAGUGCUUCGAGCCGCCUUCAUUCACCUCCACCUUCUGCAACCAGUACAAGCUGCCAGGCCACGAUGUCAAGAUGGGGGUGAAGUAUGACGGCCUGCCCUUGCCCGAGGUGACGUGGUACCAUGACGCGGAGAAGAUCGUGUCAGACGGCGACAGGAUACGCAUCAGGAAGGACGGAGAGGGUCAGACGCUGCUCAUUAAGGACUGCACCUACAGCGACUCCGGCGUGUACCGCGUGGUGGCCAAGAACAAGGAAGGUUCCGUUGAGUAUAAGGCGGAGCUCUUCGUGUCUGAUGAUGUGGAUCCCAAGAAGCGCCCAGAGGCUCCAGUGUUCCUCAAGGUGAUAGGAGACCAGGAGGUGUUCGAGGGUUCCAAGGCACUGUUCAAGGCAAUAGUGAUGGGCCGCCCAGAGCCAGAGUUCCGCUGGUACAAGGACGGACAUCCAGUCGUCUCCGCGAAUCGCUUCAACGUGGAGAAGGACGCUGAGGGGCUAAUUCGCCUGUCCAUCCGCUUCGUGAGCCCUGAGGAUGCCGGCGUGUACCAGCUGAAGGCCUGGAAUGACUACGGAGAAGCGGCAUGCACGGGAAAGCUCAUCUGCGAGACCCUGACAAGCCGAAUGAAGCGACCAGUGGGGGAUGAAUACCAAGGCUUCGACAAGAUCCGCCGUUCAGGUGUACCAAUGCCGCUGCCUGACCGUCCCAUGAUCAGCGCUUUGUCUGACCGUCGCGCCACGAUCAGCUGGAUGCCUCACCUGACCGCCCCGCCCACCCAGCCCGUCACAUACCUCCUGGAAAUGGCUGAGUAUCCUGAAGGUGAUUGGACGACAGUUAGGACAGGUAUUCGAGGAUGCAGCGCUGACGUCUCCACUCUGCUGCCCAAGAGUGACUACAGGUUCAGAGUGAGGGUGGCCAACAAGCAUGGUGUGUCCGAACCCUCGCCUUACGUGCAGACUUACAGACACAAGCUGGAACUACCUCCUGUGAGUUUCGAGCCCUGGAUGGACCCGAACUACGAUUACAAGGGUGAAGGUCCAUUUGUCCCCGAAGGCUUCAGGAUCUCCAGGGACGCUAGGGGCAACUACUAUGCCGCGCCUCGCUUCCUCCGCCUCGACCAUGACACUCAGUACGGCAUGAGAGGCUUCAACGCUUCUAUCAAGUGGUAUGCGUACGGUUACCCACUUCCCAAACUGCAGUUCUUCAAAAAUGACUUCCCUCUCGAUGUUGGCAAGAAGGGAAGCCGAUACACCUAUUCGCAUGAAGCUACUGGCGCCAUCUGUCUCUUUAUUGAUAGAAUGACCGACGCCGACAUAGGAUCCUACGAGUGCGUGGUGAGGAACGAAUACGGUCAGUCGCGGCAAAGGAUUAAGCUCGACCGCAGCGAGUAUCCUAGAGUCCUGCAGCCCCUUGAGGAACUCCACCUCCGCGCCAACAACUCCGGCAAGAUCAUGUGCAGGAUCUCUGGCUAUCCUGGCUGUGAGGUUAAGUGGUACAGGGACUGGGAGCCGCUGCCUGCAUCCUUCAAGUUCAGGCCUUCCUUCCUGGAGCCUGACUGGUACGUGCUAAACAUCAACGGCGCCUCAGUGAAGGAUGCCGGCCUCUACUCCGUCGCCGCUGUCAACGUCGCCGGCAGUGUCCACUCUUCGUGCAUGGUUCACGUGGAGGAGGACGACAUUGGAUUUUACUGGAGCGGUCCCAGCCUCGGUCGCCAGGUCACCAUUAACAGCCGCCGCGGGCCCCUUGAAGACCACUACGACAUUGGUGAUGAGCUGGGCCGCGGUACUCAAGGCGUCUCCUAUCACUGUGUUGAGCACCAUACAGGUCGUAACUUCUGCGCCAAGAGUAUGUGGGGUAAGGACAACUUCAAGGCGUGGAUGAGGAACGAGUUUGAGAUGAUAAACCAGAUCAGCAGCUGUAAACACAUCGUCCGCCUCUAUGACGCUUAUGAGAGUGUCAACAAUAUGGUCCUCGUCACCGAACUGUGUGGCGGCGGUGACCUGCUCGGCGCCCUCACCACACGCACGUACAUCACUGAGUAUGAGGUGUGUUGGUACGUGCGCCAGCUGCUCCUCGCGGUGGACCACAUGCACGACCGCUGCAUGGCUCACCUCGGCAUCAACGUGGGUGAUAUUCUCCUGGUUCGUCCUAAUGGCAUGGAGAUCAAACUGGCUGACUUGUCUCUCGCUCGCCACAUCAGAAUCAACAAUGUUUAUCCACUCGACUACGGCAUGCCGGAGUUCGUGGCCCCUGAGAUCGCCAACGGGGAGGAUGUGACCUACGCAGCUGAUAUGUGGGCCAUUGGUGUAGUCACUUACAUCCUACUGACCGGCACUUCUCCCUUCAGGGGUGAAAACGACCGAGAGACGCUGACGAAGGUGAAGAAGGGCGAGGUGAACUUCGACAUGGAAGCGUUCUCUCACAUUUCCGACGAGGCGAAGGACUUUAUUAUCAGAUGCCUCGACUACAAGGUGGACACACGUAUGGAAGCGAAGAGCGCCCUGCGACACCCGUGGCUGGACCUGGCAUCUAACCUUCCCCGCGACCCCUACCGCAUCAACACGGACAGACUGCGGACGUACUACUCUCGUUUCAGAGACUGGUAUGCCAACGCCUCCUGCAAGCGUUGGUUCCGCCGCCGCACCCUCGCCUCCUGCUUCACGCACCCCAGCAAGAUGGUGUAUCCUCCCGGGGAACUGUACACGCCCCCAGAGUCCCCAGAGAGAGAAAUUAUCCCCUCCAAGCCCCCAGAGGAGUACCACAUCCCAGAGAGGGACUAUUCCUACGAGCUGGAUGUCUUCAAGAACGACAGCAACUACCAGAUGGGCCCAGACACCUAUCUCCUGCAGCUUAAGGAUGUAGAGUUCCCUUGUCGUUUGAGAUCCUACAUGAAGGUGGCCGAGGACAGAUCCCCAUCCUUCGCUAUGAACCUCAGGAAGAACGACUACGACUAUUCGAUGAUCCCCAUUGUGCACGAGAGGCGCCGCUUCACUGACGUAAUGGACGAGGAAAUAGACGAGGACAGGAGGAAGAGGAGGAUGAUCGACAGGAAGACAGUCAGUUUCAUCAGAGGGAGAAUGGAAACGUGUGCUCUCGACUUCCCUCGUUCUUCCAAAACUGAGGUCACAACGCGGCUGGCACUCACGGAAAGGAUGCGAGAGGUGAAGGAAGGCGCCACACCCAACACAGCGCCUUUCAUGAGAGAAAAGCCACAGACUACUGCCAUUUCACCGGGAGGCAAACUCGAUCUCACGGUGGCAGUAUCCGGAGUGCCCGAGCCUGGUAUACAAUGGUUCAAAAACGACAUCGCCAUCGCCGCAGACUCCCAGCGCGUUACCAUCACAACAAAGGGAGGUCGGUCCACCCUUAGCUUCAGCAAAUGCAAGGAGAUGGACGCUGGUCUGUACAAAGUAGUGGCGCGUAACGAUGCUGGGCAAGUCACACACAAGUUUAGGCUGAUCCCAGGACACCAACCAGGCGCGUGCGACACUCCUGAGAUCACACAAGUUGGAGAAACUGAAAUGUUUGUGAAGUGGACAGCUCCCAUUGAUGACGGUGGCUCGAGGGUCAUUUGCUACAUGCUGGAGAUGAAGAUUAGUGGUGAGGCCAAAUGGACAACCGUGGCAGACAACAUUGACCACGAGUUCUUUAAGGUGUCCAAACUGACGCCGGACACCACUUACUUCUACCGCGUCUCCGCCAAGAACUGCAUGGGUUGGGGAGACACCUCGCCCGCCAGCCCCGCCACCAAGACACACGCCCUAGGAGUGACCGGCGCCCUCAAGAUGACCGUGUCCCAGCAGAUGCUACAGUUACAGCGGCAGACGGAGAGUGGCAGGACGCCCCAGUCUUUCCCAGAACACAGGGAGAUAGAUUACUCCAAAGAGCUCGAACCGGUUAAGCUCAAGACUGGGGACAAUGCUGAGCUGCAGAUCAGAAAGUACAAUCCCGUGGCGGAAGUGUCUCGGGGGAGGUUUGGUACGAUUGCUAAGUGUGUGAGAAGCGACGACCAGCGCACGUUUGUCCUCAAGGUGCUGCAAAACAAGGACAGGGAGAGCCAAGUGAAGCACGAAUACGAGAUACACAGCAGCAUGAGACACGAACGCAUUGUGCAGCUGUUGGAGGCGUACAGCGUGGGCGCCUUCACCUUCUUCGUGAUGGAGCCCCUGAGUGGCAUGGACAUCCUGACGUACCUGGCCACACAAUACCAGUACAACGAGCAGCACGUGUACACCGUCGUCUCACAGGUACUCGACGCCCUGUCCUACCUGCACUGGCGGGGCUACAGUCACCUGGACGUGCAGCCUGACAAUAUCGUGGUGGUGUCAACAAGGAGGUGUGACGUCAAGCUGGUGGAUCUCGGCAGUGUUCAGAAAAUGUCAAAUCUGGGCUCUGAUAUUUCACCUUCCAGUGCUCUUGAUUACACAGCCCCGAGAUCCUACUAGAGCGAAAAGCGCACCCGACCAGCGACGUGUGGUCCCUGGGGUGUGUGAUCUACGCCCUCCUCGCCGGCAGGAGUGCCUUCGGAGGGGUGGACGACGAGGACACCACAGAAAACGUGCAAUUCUCGAGGUUCAAGCUGGAAUACCUCAACCCCGGCGUGAGUCAGGAGGUGGUUAGGUUCCUCAUGCUCAUCUUCAAGCGUGACCCAAGCAAGAGGCCCACGGUGGAGGAAUGCUGGGAACACAAGUGGUUGGUGGAGAGCGACUAUAUGGCAAGAAGGAGAGAGAGAGCCACAUUCUACGGCGCCAGGCUACAGGAGUACGACAGGAUCUACCACGGCGCCAGAGUGCGGAGAGCCAUCAAGUCGGCAACCCUCCUCAACUUCAAUGACGCGGCCUUUCCACCCACGCUAACUUAUGACACAGAGAAUUUGUGUAUUGUUUAGCUAGAAGUGUUGUGAUGGUGCUUAAGUUAUUACUACACCCCUAACACCCCCCCCUCUCUCUCUCUCUCUCUCUCGUUAAUCUAAGUCUCCCCUUGUAUUUUCCCCAACAGAAAACGAGAUUACCUAUUUUCUUUCCUCCCUGUCACUGUAAGGAGACGCUUCCCGUUUUCUUUUCCUUGAAUCGCUGUGUAUUUGUAUUUGCUAAGUGUGUGUCGUAUCUGGUUCCCAUAGCGAUAAUUUGAUACGAUACGCGAGUUGAGAAAAAAAAUAUAUAUAUGGGGGUAUUAUAAUGAUAUUCCACCUCCUCCCGUUUUCUUCGUUCGUUUCCUCCGUUUUCUUUAGUAGCAGUUUCAACGAAGACUAAACUAUUUUAUUUGAUAGCUAAUAGUAGAUAGAAUUAUUAUUAUCAUUAUUUUCUCUCUCUCUCUCUCUCUCUCUCUCUCUCUCUCUCUGUUUAUCAUUUUCCUUUUCAAUAUAUCCGUUUUCUUUUAUUUUCCAUUUUCAUUUCCUCCAAGUGAGAUUGUGUGUAGUUUAUGAUGCAUUUGUUUGUGGUGACGUCACAAAUUGAAGGCCUGUGAUUGGUCGAGGCUCAGUUGAAGUCACGAAUUGAAGGCCUGUGAUUGGUCGAGGCUUAAAGUCACAAAUUGAAGGCCUUUGAAUGGUCGAGGCUCAGUUGUGUAGUCACGAAUUGAAGGCCUGUGAUUGGUGGAGCCUUGAUGACGUCCCAGAUUGAAGGCCUGUGAUUGGUCGAGCCUCAGUGACGUUACGAGAGGUUGAAAGUGUUGUACAGUGUAUUAAAAAUGAUUAAUAAAUGAACACGUGGCAUCGU